AACGUGGAGGACCUGGGCGACAUCGAUGGCGUCGACAUGUGGCGUAGCCUCGUAACGGGCCUCGGCUCUCCGAGGUCCGAGGUUCUGCACAACAUCGACCCCAUAUGGAACAUGUCCGCCCUACGCGUCGGCCGCUACAAGUACCUCAACGGGACAUACGGCGAUGGCCGGUACGACGGCUGGUACGAACCACUGCAAGAAAGAGGCUUCGAGUUUGGACUCUACGGGGUGGACAACACGUCGGGAGACAAGUACGGUUUCCGCCACCUCUACGACGACGAAGACGCCACACCUUUGACUGCUGCGGACUACUACAAGGUGCGGCAGCAGGAACCUCCCAGUUAUCGUAAUUCCUCGUCGAGUGCGGCAAGAAGCAACAACCUCCUGGAUCGGACGUGUGCGGUGGCCCGGACAAUUCUGUCCAUCGGCCGCGCUUUGCCGAAGCACAGUCCCUGGGAAGUGAUGACGGAGUGUGGUCAGCCCAGGAAGAGUGAAUGCAAGCCGCUCGAAAAGCCUUGCCUCUUCGACAUCGAGCGAGACCCCUGCGAGAUUGACAACAUAGCCGAUGAUUACCCACACGUAUUACGAAGCUUGGAAAACCGACUGCAACAGCACAAGAAAGCUAUGGUCCCACCGCUGAACAAGCCACCUACGAGGAGAUCGGACCCGAGAUAUUUCGAUUUCACCUGGGCACCUUAUAUGGACACUGUGUGAUUAACUUUUCUGGUGUCGAUGGACUGUUGCUUCGUGUGAAUCAUUUUGCUCAGUAAAUCAAAUUAGCCCUCUA